GCGCGCAGCUGGCGUCACCAGGACAACGGGCGUCGCCGGCGCCGCGGGACUCGGGCUGUGGGCGCGCUCGCGGCUCUUCGGCCAUGGUUUUCUCAAACAGUGAUGAAGGCCUUAUUAACAAAAAGUUACCCAAAGAACUUCUCUUAAGAAUAUUUUCCUUCUUGGAUAUAGUCACUCUGUGCCGAUGUGCACAGAUUUCCAAGGCUUGGAACAUCUUAGCCCUGGAUGGAAGCAACUGGCAAAGAAUAGACCUUUUUAACUUUCAGACAGAUGUGGAGGGCCGCGUGGUGGAGAGCAUCUCGAAGCGGUGCGGCGGGUUCCCGAGGAAGCUCAGCCUGCGCGGCUGCGUCGGGGUCGGGGACUCGUCCUCGAAGACUUUUGCACAGAACUGCAGGAACAUUGAACAUCUAAACCUCAACGGGUGCACGAAGAUCACCGACAGCACCUGCUACAGCCUAGGCAGAUUCUGUUCCAAGCUGAGACAUCUGGACCUGACCUCCUGUGUGUCCAUCACAAACAGCUCCUUACAGGGGAUCAGCGAGGGCUGCCGCAGCCUGGAGUAUCUGAACCUCUCCUGGUGUGACCAGAUCACAAAGGAUGGCAUCGAGGCUCUGGUGCGGGGCUGCCGGGGCCUGAAGGCCCUGCUGCUGCGGGGCUGCACACAGUUAGAAGAUGAAGCUCUGAAGCACCUUCAGAACUACUGCCCCGAGCUCGUGAGCCUCAACUUGCAGUCGUGCUCACGCAUCACCGACGAGGGCGUGGUGCAGAUGUGCAGGGGCUGCCACCGGCUGCAGGCCCUCUGCCUCUCAGGCUGCAGCCACCUCACCGAUGCCUCCCUCACCGCCCUGGGCCUGAACUGCCCGCGACUGCAAAUUCUGGAGGCUGCCCGGUGCUCCCACUUGACUGACGCAGGCUUUGCACUCUUGGCUCGGAAUUGCCAUGACCUGGAGAAGAUGGAUCUGGAAGAGUGCAUCCUGAUCACCGACAGCACGCUGGUCCAGCUCUCCGUUCACUGCCCCAAGCUGCAGGCCCUGAGCCUGUCCCACUGUGAGCUCAUCACGGACGACGGGAUCCUGCACCUGAGCCACAGCGCCUGCGGCCACGAGCGGCUGCGGGUUCUGGAGCUGGACAACUGCCUGCUCAUCACGGACGCGGCGCUGGGGCACCUGGAGACCUGCCGCGGCCUCGAGCGCCUGGAGCUCUACGACUGCCAGCAGGUCACCCGUGCCGGCAUCAAGAGGAUGCUGGCCCAGCUCCCUCAUGUCAGAGUGCACGCCUACUUUGCUCCCGUCACCCCCCCCCCCCCCCCCGCGGCAGUGGCAGGCGGCGGCCAGCGGCUGUGCAGGUGCUGUGUCGUUCUCUGAGCGGGUCUUCCGAGCGGCUGCACCCUCCCCACACCUCCUGACUCUCCACUGGGAAAGUGUUUGCAGGUAGACUUCCGUAUGGUGGCAGUAACGUGGCCAUGGCGCUCACCUUCACUGCCCGUGACGCAGUCCACCGGCAGCCUUGGCGGUUAGCAUGCGCAGGAGCAGCGUCAGUGCGGCCGAGACCAGGCAAGGAGCCGGGAUCUCUUUCAAGGUGGACACCUCCGGAAGUCCCACCCUUGGCGCUUCCAGCAUUUCUCAGACCACCAGUGUCGGCACAGAUUGAGCAGAAAAAAGCAGCUGUGGACUUCGACCUGCCACCUAAGCCAGGGGCCUGCUGAAGCCCGCGACUCCGCUGUGAUGCGCACGACUUGGGCAGGUGGCUGCACUGCCUGGAUUUUAUGUUAAGCCUUAGAUGGAAGGCACGUAACAGGUCUCCAUGAGACACCAAAGAAAUGAGGUGGAGCAGGGUCUUCACCGUUCUGUUUCUGUCACCUUGUCAUCAACUCCUCCAGGGGACAACAGUGUGUGUGCUGCCUGACAAGAAACUAAACUCUGCAAGAUGCUACAGCACAGAAUGCAUUUUUGCUAAAAGGGAAAAAAGCUAAUUAUUUCCACACUUCUCACAAAAUUUAGGGGACCUGAAACAGAAUCAAGACUUAAGUUAUCUAUAAUAUUAUCAAUUAAAAUAACGAGUGGAUGCCUGUAGAGCGGGUGUGAUUUUUUUUUCAAGUUUAUUUUAAAAAUCUUAGAAAUCAGGUUACACCAGAACUAUUCCAACUUUACACUUUAAACUCAGAUCAGUAAAGUGUUGGCACCUUUUAAACUGAUAAUAUAAAAAUGAAUACACCAUUGCAGUGCUUAGAAAAAUCAGGUCGGAGGGUUUAUUGCUCUUACGACAGACAUCUCUCCAAGCCCAGCCUUCCGAACGGCGCCUGGUGCCCUUCUCUGUGGGUCGCUGCACCGUGCUCUCCACGUCUGUGGCGCUCACUCCGGGGUGAGCUGGCCAUCGGGGCGCACGGGAAGCUCGAGUGAGACAGCAACACCAAGGUUUGUCCUGGGACUCGCCAGCGCGUCCAGAGGAUGGACAGUGUGGAGGCAGAUGUGCUCCGAGUCCCGCAAACUCGGCGGGGCCAUCAGGUACGCGCUGAGGUCGAUGAUUUUUAUUGCUUUAUGAUAGAAACAGCUGGCUGAAAUACGCAUGUUAUACCACGCCUGGGAGUGGGGGAAGACUGGCCAGGAAGCCAUUUCGGCAAACAAAUAGGCUUAUGAGAGACUGCACUUGUGUGACUCCCAAUUACAGUUCCUACCUAAGACUUAGCGCCAGCGACAGCAGCCUCGGGACCUACCCCGGCUUCGAGGCUCCAGCUCAGUGGCUCAGCACCCCGCCUGCUUCCUCUCCAAGGGUGGACCGGGCCUCGGCUGCAUCCACUUUGAGAAAAUAAACCGAAAACGCAAAACAAGCCAUUUGGGCCUAACUCAGCAUUCAGACUGGCAUAUGCUCAGCACACACACAGGGCGCCCCUUGGUUCUGUGACUCGAGGUGUCAUCAACAGGAACUGAGACACAUUUGCAAAACAAUCAGAAAACAUUUAUUAUACUGAAAUGUGUACAUCCUACCAUUAAAAAACAGAGUAGCAAAUCUGCUGGUGCCCUAAUUUAUCUGAGCCUGCUCCACUGGGACAGACUUGUGUUCAACGCUUCCAGCGUCAUUCCCGGCUUGACGAGCUCGCGGUGUCUGUGCUGCCGCGUCUGACCCUGGCGAGGGUUCCGGCGGCACAGUGUGGGCGCCAUCCCUGCUCCACUGGGAAUCAGGGGCCCGAGGGCAACACCGGCAGACCAGGAGAGGGCAGCUCGCCUCCUGUGGGGCCCACGGGCGGAGUUCAAAUCAGAGAUGCAGACAGGAGACCGCUCCCUCGCAGCAGAAAAUGAACCCCCUUCAGGAAGAGAACUGGAGAUGUCCCACGUGUUGCACCCACUGAAAGGUUUGUCUUCUGGGAGAUUUCAAACUCAAAACUACUGUAUUUCCACCUGAACAAAGAUGAGGACCAACACCUGGAUAGACGGACCAGCGAUGCUACGAUCAAAGUGGGAGUAGAAAACCAAAACCAGACCCUCAGCCUGCUCCACCACAGCCUCCAACCUCUCUGUGAGGACCUCGGGGGAGGGAGCAAGUAGCAGGGGAAGAACGAGGACAGUAGUUUCCCCUGAGGAGCAUGCGAGCAGGCCAGCAUUUGGUUUAUGCAAGAGGCACUCUAUGGAAAGGGAGCUGUUACGGUGCGUAGAGGGCCCCAGACAUCCCCAGACGUUCAUCGUGACUGUGCUAAAGCUCAACGGUUGUGAAGAUCUCCUGGGUAUCUUAGUGUCGAUUCGUGACGUCUAGUGUUUCCAUGAGUCAUUUCAUGUGUUCUAACACCAAAUCAGAGGCUGUCAACAACCACACUUCCUUGCUCUCACACUGCCCAUUUCCAGUGUCUGCCGUGUGGGGGCGGAGAGAGGGAGGGAAAUAAGAAAACCACAUGAAUGUAAAAAUCAAGGAGGCUUCAAAAAAUGAAAACCAGAAACUAAAAUGCUAAAAAUGGAAGCAGAAGCACAAAGUUUCUCCAUAAAUCUGUGACAAAGCAAAAACACAAGUCUUUGUACCUAUUAGGAUUUACACUGAUCCUCUCACCAAGGUACUCGGAAGAUGCCGUGGCUUCAAGCCCGCCUUCCCAGCUGGGUCUCCCGGAUCCGCACGCUCACGUCAGACGCAGACAGGACUCCUGAGAAGACGCCGAGCCGCUCCCCGGCCACCGUCGCAGCACGCGCCUCUCCACAGGCAGGUUCCCGCGGGCUGCACACAGCACUGGCCCCAGCCCUCCCCAGGCCAGCGCGAGGUUCAGGCAAUGAAAACCAAACUGGCACAGGAAGGUAAAUGCCCACAGUAAGUGUUUACAUUCAAUUCCAAACCGCACACAGUGUAACACGACAGCAGGGCUGCUUCCAGGGCCGCAGUCACUGGCCUCUACGGCACGCUGUCCCGCCAGCUCCCGCGUGCGGUGCUCGGCCCCGGCAGUGAGCGAGGAGACGUGCCUCUCGUACGGCUCCUUAGAAGGGUCAGCUUGUGUUUUCAAUAUGAAACAUUUCAUCUGGUAAAAAUCCAAUCCCAAGGCUUCUUGGAUUCAGUCUUCACACACUUCUAAGCAUGACUAUUUGGUACUGAAUUAUAGUUCAGAAUACGUAAGACAUCACUUCAAAAUUAUGUGGAUACCGUCAUUAUUUUCAGCU